AUGGCCGAGUCCAACGACGACCGCGUCGAACGCUGCCGGCGCUCCACGAACUCACCCUCGGAUCAGACCCAUGAACGCCGGCGACGAGAUGCGCCCCGAGACGACUAUUCGCGUUCAAGACGACGUGGUGAAGACCGCCGGAACUCUCGUCAGGACAGCCCUCGACGGAGAUCAUCCCGUAGUCCAUCUGAAAGGACCAGCGUCCGAAGUGAUCGUGCUCGUGAUCGGCCUCGUCGCGAGCGCAGAGAGCGAUCAACAAGCUCAGCUGGCGAAGACCGCCGCAGACACAGACACCGCAGCCAUCGAUACCGUGACACCCGCCACGAAGACGAAGGACGAGUGUCUCGAAGGCAUCGAGAUGCGCGAUCACGCUCUCGCUCACCGCGAAAAUCACGCAGCCCCUCACCGCGAGCAUUGGAACGACGCGGCCCCCUCCCCUCACAGUCCGACGCAUUCACCGACGUGGCAAACCCUUCAGAUGCACCAGCGCCAGAAAAACAAAAGCCAAACUUCAACGCUACUGGGAGGCUCGCAGCCGAAAGCAAUACAAUUGUCCAGGGUGGUACGAAAAUAGUCUUGAAAUACCAUGAGCCUCCAGAGGCGCGCAAGCCGCCCGCCAAGGAAGCCUGGCGCAUGUAUGUGUUCAAAGGACAAGACUUGCUAGAAACGGUUGAAUUGAGUGAACGCAGUUGCUGGCUGGUCGGUCGCGAGCGACUGGUGGUAGACUUCCCACUCGACCAUCCCAGCUGCUCGAAGCAGCAUGCGGUGCUACAAUUCCGAUUUGUUGAAAAGCGCAAUGAAUACGGUGAUCGCAUCGGCAAGGUCAAGCCUUAUCUUAUUGAUCUUGAGAGUUCGAAUGGAUCGAGCGUUAAUGGAGAGACCAUCCCUGGUGGUCGCUACGUGGAAGUCAUGGACAAGGACGUAAUUCGCUUCGGCCUGAGCUCGCGCGAAUACGUCCUCAUGCUGCCUCCCAGUUGA